AUGGACCAGAAUGUGGAAUGCAGGGCCCCAAACGACUUCGAGAAACAGGAUGUCGCGAUAUCCAAAGUUUUCAAAUUCAUCGUCGGUCCCGAAGAAAUCGAGUUCACUAUUCAUUCCGCCCUCGUCGCGAAGCAGUCACCCGUCUUGAACGUCCUCGUCAAUGGACCUUUCAAGGAAGCCUUGGAACAACGCGUCAAAUGGCCCGACCUCGACGAAGCCACCUUCCUGAGCUUUUGGGAGUUUGCGUACAGCGGCAACUACGCGAAACCCAUACAAGAAGAUGAGGAAGAGGAGGAGACAGAUCCAGGCGAAGAAGAACUGGGCCGCUGGGGCAAGUCUUGGGCGCACUACGUUCGACUUUACCCACGAAUCUCGGGGCCUAACAAUGCCAAUGCACACCAGGAUCAUGGCCUCUGGCAAGACUUUGUCGAGAAACACGCGCCCGUGCCUCGACCAGCCGACGUGGGAGACAUCGGUGCAGAUACGUUGCUGCAUCAUGCGCGAGUUUGCGCCUUCGCAGAUCGCUACUGCAUGGAUAAGUUGAUGGAGAUAUCGUUGGGCAAGCUAUUCCUCGCCCUCGAGGCGACGAUGCCUUGGGGAGAUUCGUGGAAUACUGUCAUGGAGCUGCUCGUCUUGACUUCCGGCAAAUUUGUCCCCAUGAGGUUGCGACAGAUUGUGGCGGAUUACAUCAUCUGUCAAGCAGGACUCUUCAGGGGUGAGGAGGUGUUUCAGAACUUUAUGUGGCAUCACGGUGGUCCGAUGCGGGAACUGUUGAGCCAGGUCGUGGAAACGGAGGAAGAUACAUGA